CACUUAAUUAUGUUGUUUUAUUUUCUCUUUCUAUUCCAAAUCUAAUAAUUUGGAAAUAUAAAUGGGUCAAUAAUUGUAUUACAAGUUAACCAGAGCUAAAAAAUCAAGUCAGAAAGAAUAAAUCAAAAAAGUGUUCAACUUUUUUUUAUAUCAUCGUUGCAAAAAUCCAAAAAAGGGACAUUUGUAAUUUCAAAUAUGUCACUUAUUUUGAAGGAUUCCGGAAAGUUAUUUAUUUACACCGGAAACGGAAAUGUCCAUUCAUUAACCAACUAGCACACUUGCUUUCUAACAUUCCAGUGUCAGCUGUCGUUUCUGGUUGUGUGUAAACAUGUCUGAGCUUGAAAACAUGCGGUUGAUUGCCAGACAGCGGCUAAACGCAGCGCUUGAAGAAAUUCUAUCGGUGUUUGAAAAUACGAUUUUGAAAUACGAACGCGAAGCGGCUCAGAGUCGUGAAGUGAUCUCCCGCCAGCACGCGCUGCUCUGCAAACUCCACCAACCAUCCAGGGAAUGGGAUGCGCCCCUCAUAGACUGUCUCACACAGCAGAUGUUGUCAGGAAAAGAAGCAGCACCCUGCCAACCCAAGGAUCAGAUCCCAGACCAAGAAAACGUUCUUAUGUGUGCCAAAGAGGAACAGCAGAAGGUGCAGCUCCGGGAACUCCACAAACUCGAGAUCAUCGGGUUUACCUACCAUUCUAAGCAGGCUGCAAAGCCGCUAGAUGCCCUGCAGUCGCCCGCUCAACCGCAAACCCUAAACUCUGAUCAGGAGGUGCAAACCGUGUUGUCCUCUGAGACCGAAGACAGCGAUGACUACAACAAAGAAGCGGCAGCAGCUGAAGCGAGUUCAAAUAAAAAGUCUUUUAAAUCGAAGAAAACCUUAAAGACUCACAGGGUUCUGCUCAAACAUUUGAAAAGUCACCAGCAAAAGGCCAAACAGGUUUGUGGUCUGAGUGGAGAAGAGUGCAGCGCUGGUGAUGAUCUGACGCGGCACCUCCAGACGCAUUUUGAAAAGAGAAGGACCAGGAGCCACGACAGGGAGAAAAAGAUUCAGGAGCGUUUCAAAGUCAAAGAAAGAGGAGUUAAAGAAAGCCGAAGACGAGGCAAACGUGAGAAAACGAACAACUGUUCCGACCAAGGACAAACACAGGACCAGACGAAGCCAAAUGCUGUGAACGUGCUCGAGUUGGAAAGUUAAUCUUUCCUCCUUCUGGAUUAAACGGUGGUUCUCAUGUGUGUUAAAAGAAAAACUAACUACUUUUUUUUGUCAGCCAUAUUUGCAGCUUUUCUUUAGCCUCCUUCCUUUAAAAGUUUGGAUUUAUUUUUUAUCAAGUCUUGAGGAGCUGCAUUUGAGGGGGUAAAAGUUGUGGGAUUUGAAUAUAUCAGACUUAUUUAUUUUACAGCUACAGCAGAUAAAACUCAAAUAAAAAAUAAGCAUUUAAAGACUAUCAGAAUUUCGUUUCUCUUGGUUCCUUUUUUUGGGGUUUCCGUUGAAGAUACAGAAGUGUUACAUUAUCUCAAAACAGAGAUUUGGAUCAUAUAAAAGAGAAAUGUUGGGGGUUGAUGUUUUUAGUCAUUCAGAGGUAAAUAUUUCUCUGUUUUCUGACAGAAGAGGUUAUAUAGAAAUACCUUCAGGACCAUUUUGGGAGUCUAGGGUGUUCUUCUCUUUCUGCUGCAGUUUCUAAGUUCUUAUUGGCUCUGACCUCAACGUUUCAGAAGCGUUUGCUUUGACAGCCGUCUAAAAUCAUUUAUAACCUCCCUAUGUGAACUUUAUCCUUUCAGUUUCAGACAGUUCUGUGAAUUUCAGAAAGUUUAGAUUUUAAUUAUUAAAUUAAAAGAAGCUUUCAUUUGAUUGGGAGUUCAGUGUCGGAUUGUACCUGACGAUUCUCAAAAGAAAAAACAUAAGUUUCUUUGUGUUUCAGCUUUUUGUGUCACCAAAAAGGAAGGUUCAACAAUAUCAGCAAACACGCAUAAACAUCUCGUACCUCAAAUGGGAAAAAAAAUGUUACCUUUAUUUUUCAUAUUCAUCACAUUUUUGUUGAACUGUGCCUGUAAUUUCUUAAUUUUUUAAAUAAAGUUUCUUCAAACCAAAUUUUGAAAUAAAGUAUCCCUUCAUUGAAACAUU